UCCCUACUACUCCUGCUUAGUGAUAGCGUAGAGACUGUAGUGUUCACAUCACUCAUCAAAAACACUCAACAAUAACGUAGAGGAAUUUUCCUUUCAUUUAUUCCGGCUGGAAAAUUGAUAUAUAGACACAAAACUCAUGUUCAUAUUAGGUUAAAUAUCUAUUAUUGAGAUUGAAUAAUUAUUCAGUGAAAAUAUUUCAAAACAAGGAAACAUCUAUUUUCUUAACUUUUAGGGAUCUGAAUCUGUUUCUGAGUAUUAACAAUUAUUAAUGAAUGGUAACAAGUAUUGAUCCUUUAUUUUGAAGCAUUUUUAUGAAAAACUGCGGGAAUUUUAGUAUAAAGUGACAAUUUUGAGUUUGGAGGAAGUGAGAAGUGCUGUGGAUUAUGUCAGUGAAGACACACCCCUUGCAAUUUUACUCGAGAUAUAGAUAGAAUGUUCAAAUUUUACUACCAAUCAAUGUAUGCAUGAAUGUCAUCACAGGUUGUCAUGGUUAUUUGAGGGAAUUCAAUUCUCUCGCAAUUGCAACAACGGAAAUCGAAUUUUUUUUUUUUAAUACUGCAUCUUCACUCUAUUCCAUUCAAUUUAGCUUUGUGAAUAAAUUGAGAGGAUUUCAAUAGUUUGUCUGUAUUUCAUUCCAAUUGGUGAAAAUAAUAGCAACGAUGGGUGGAUGCACCUCUAAGGAUACCGCAUCGAGCGAUGAUAAAAAGAAUACAAUGGUUGACCAAGCAGUGCUGGACAAACUUGAAGCAGGUUAUGCUAAGCUCGCUGCAUCUGACAGUAAGUCUCUGCUGAAGAAACAUCUUUCUAAGGAGAUUUUCGAUGCUCUCAAAACAAAGAAAACAUCAUUUGGAUCCACUCUUCUGGACUGCAUUCAAUCAGGGGUAGAGAAUCUUGACUCUGGAUUUGGUAUCUACGCUCCAGAUGCUGAGGCUUACAACGUUUUCGCUGAUAUUUUCGAUCCUAUGAUCGAGGAGUAUCACGGUGGAUUUAAAAAGACUGAUAAGCAUCCACCCAAGGACUUUGGUGAUGUAGAUACGCUUGGCAACCUUGAUCCAACUGGCGAGUAUAUUGUAUCAACUCGUGUAAGAUGCGGCCGCUCUCUAGAUGGCUACCCCUUCAAUCCCUGCUUGACUGAGGCCCAAUAUAAGGAAAUGGAAGAUAAAGUCUCUAGCACUCUUUCUGGUCUGGAAAAUGAACUCAAGGGUACCUUUUACCCACUCACAGGAAUGAGCAAAGAAGUUCAGCAGAAACUUAUUGAUGAUCACUUCUUGUUCAAAGAAGGCGAUCGCUUCCUCCAAGCAGCCAAUGCGUGCCGUUUCUGGCCUACUGGUCGUGGUAUUUAUCACAAUGAUGCCAAAACUUUUCUUGUUUGGUGUAAUGAAGAAGAUCAUCUUCGUAUUAUUUCUAUGCAGAUGGGAGGUGAUCUUGGCCAGGUCUAUCGUCGUCUCGUAACUGCGGUUAACGACAUUGAGAAACGUCUACCCUUUUCUCACGACAAUCGUCUUGGGUUCCUCACAUUUUGUCCCACCAACUUGGGAACAACGGUUCGAGCCUCAGUGCAUAUUAAAGUGCCAAAAUUGGCAGCCAACAAAGCCAAACUUGAAGAAGUCGCUGCUAAAUUCAAUCUCCAGGUUCGCGGAACUCGCGGUGAACAUACCGAGGCCGAGGGUGGUAUCUACGAUAUUUCGAAUAAACGACGUCUUGGUCUCACCGAAUAUCAAGCAGUCAAGGAGAUGCACGAUGGUAUCGCCGAGCUCAUUAAGAUUGAGAAAGAACUCUGAAUCUAUUAACGGACUCUACUCUUUAACGCAAAUUAUCCCCCUCCCCCUCCUUCAAUAUCCCGUAUACCGACUUUAACCAUGAAUGAAAAGGAAAAGAAACCAAAGGCUCGAAGACGAGACGUCGAUUCACCGUAGCUUCUCAUCAGCGAAAACAACGUAGUCUCAUUUCUUUCAGAGGCAUAAAAUCAAAAAAAUCAAAUCAAACAUUCAAGAUCUUGAGUAGUAAAUAAGACCGUCCGAUAAAGCAGAAACAAAAAAAUGUUUUUAUUAUUGCCAUAGCGACUCGAACUCGUCUCGUCUCACAGAAUUUUCCUCCGUUUUUUUAUUGGCGUCCCUACGUUCAUGGUUGCUUUUCGUAUCACAUUUGAUACGACUGUUUUGUUUGUCCAUAGCAUUCUUCAAGAUACAGAAAAAAAAAUCACAGGAUCAACUAUAUGGUUUAAAAAACCAUUCAAAAAUUGAAAAUUUAGAAAAAAACGAAAUAUAAAUUUGUUUGUCCUUUUACAUAAAUUUCUGAAUUUUCCGUGCAGUUUUUCUUAUGUUGGAUGAAAUUAUUAAAUAAAUAUCUCACACGAUUUCAAUAUUGUUUCAAGUUUGUUAUAAUUUCUUUCUAUGAUUUUAUUCGAGUUUAAUAUGGAAAAAAGUGUAUUUGUCCGUGUCCUAUCUCCUUCUGCCAAAAUGUAAGAAAGCAAUUGUGAUAUAUGAGUAGUUGCACAAUUUUACAACUUCUGAUGAAAAAAAAAGGUGCAGGUUUUGGCGAUCGCUCCUUUUACAUUAAGAUUUAUUGUUUUCUUUCUCGCUCCCUUUCAAUUCGGCAGAAAACAUAUAUUUCUUUUGCUAUAUAUAAUUAUUUUGGCAUCAUUUGGAAUUGAAAGCACAUCGGAACGAAUUAGAUGAAAUUUUUCCGCAAAGCACAAUUGAAAUGGCACAGAUGUAUCACAUGCAAGUUUAGAGAAUAAAAAAAAUCACAAAUAAUAAAACUUUA